AUGCCUCGGCAACCAGUCAUCGCUCUCGAUCCCUCGGGUCCAGAAAAGAUAAUGGAUCUGGAAAUAAAGGGUUUCGACCAGUGGUGGGCCAACGCAUCAAACUCCCAUCGACAAGAACACGACAACAUGCAACAGGUGACCACUUGGAGUGAAUGGAAGUGGGUAGUCCUUAAUUCUCCUUUCCGUGAGUCUUUUUGGUACUGUUUUAGGAAGGGUCCAGACGGUGAGAAAGGAGCUCGUACUUUCUAUCAUGGCCCUCAUAAUCCACCUAUGUGA